GAGGGUGGAGCUGGGACUUUCGAGUCAUAACAUAAAGGGGGUGGUAACGAAUGGAUUGAGGGGUGAUCGUUUGUUCUCUCCCAGAGCUCAGUCCUCUCCUGUCUUUCCACAAGCCUGUGCGUAAUGGUAGAACAGAGAAUGAACUCUCUUGUGAAAUGGGCGCUUAUCCUCUUCGUCCUGGUCUCCAUCAUUCUCAACAUAGUUCUGAUCGGGAUCCACUCCAGCAGGGCGCCCAAAUGUUCCGCUCAGCGUGUCCAUCCGCUGCGGGUCAAGCACGACGAGCGUAGCGUCGUGUUCGCUGACCUCACUCGGGAUGAGUACCUGCAGGUCCAACAGUACAUGCUCAAGCAAAAAGAAUUGGAUAUAUCCACCAGCCAGGUCACUAAACCAGAGGAAAACUUCUUGUUUUUAAUAGACUUAUCUUUGCCAAAGAAAGGGGACGCGCUGGCUUUCUUGGACGGUAAAGCUGCCAAGCCGGCCAGAGAGGCGACGGUGGUGGUCUUUCAUGGUGCGCAAGGCUACAUUGAGGAGUAUGUAGUGGGACCUCUUCCAAACCCAACAUACAUAAAUGAUGUCACCAAAGAGAGGUACAAGAUGGAGCUGCCUAUCACUGCACGCACCGUCACAAUUGGAGAAUACGCAUUGCUUUUCAACUUUUUUGAGCAACAUGUUUUCUCCAAACUUAAGAAGCUCAUGAAAGAAAGCUUUGACGUAGCGGCAGACAAACAGUUGAAUGCGUUUGAGCAGAUGCCUCGUGGAGUCCGAUCCGGGGACAGAAAGACCUGGGUUUCUUUCUUCAGAGAUAUGAGCGGCAUGUACAUCCACCCGGCUGGCUUCGAGGUACAGGUCAACCACGAGAGCGUAAACGCUUCCAACUGGAAAGUGGAGCGGCUGCUUUAUAACGGCCAAUACUUUGACACUGUAGAAGAACUAAAGCAGAAAUAUGAAGAUGGGUUUGUAAAGAAAAUCGUUUACAAGGAGUCAGCUGACUAUGGGUCACUGAAACCAAAGCACAAGCAUCAGCAGCUCAGUCCGCAGCUGUUUACCGUGGAUGGUAAACGCUACAGCAUCAGCAACAACCACGUUGUGUAUCUAGACUGGAGCUUUGCCUUUGGGCUGAGCUCACUUACAGGUGCGAGGGUUUUUGAUGUGCGCUUCAGGGGUGAGAGGAUCGUCUACGAACUGAGCGUGCAAGAGGCCAUGUCUGUGUACGGUUCAGUGACUCCUGGGAUGAUGAUGACGAAGUUUUUAGACUCCAACUUCGGGAUUGGGCGCUUUGCCCAUGAACUAACCCGUGGUGUGGACUGCCCUUACGACGCCACCUACAUCGACACGUACCGCUACAUCGAUGUCCCAGCCCCGGUCAGAUACCAUAAUUCAAUAUGCGUCUUUGAACACAAUAUGGGCCAGCCCUUACGGAGGUACAGUGACUGUCUUAAGAAUGUUUUCCAGACCAAAGAUAUGGAAUAUGUCAACAUGUCUCUUCCAUGGAUGCCUGAUCACUACGCUAUGGUCCCUCAGCUUGUGGAGAAACAAGUGAAAACAGAAAAGGAAGCUGCUCUGCGCUAUGACACCAAGACUCCACGCUACCUCCACAUUGCCAGCAACCAGACCAAUCGAUGGGGUCACAAUCGCUCCUACAGGCUGCAGGUGUUCAGCUUCACCGGGGACCACCUCCCAGAGAGCCAGGCAGAAGAGAAGUCCAUGUCCUGGGCCAGAUAUAAGGUUGCCAUCACCAAGCACAAGGAUUUAGAACGGACCAGCUCUAGUUUGUACAAUCAAAAUAACAUGUGGACUCCAGCUGUGGACUUCAGCAAGUACAUUGAAGACAAUGAAAACAUUGAAAACGAGGAUCUGGUUGCCUGGGUGACCACCGGUUUUCUCCACAUCCCCCAUGCAGAGGACAUCCCCAACACAGUCACAGUGGGCAACGGGGGAGGGGUCAUUCUGCGGCCACACAACUACUUUGAUGAGGAUCCUUCCAUCCACUCUGCUGAUGGAGUGUACAUUGAACCAGGCACUGAAGACAGCUGUGAAAACAACAGGAUAGCGUGCCUUGCUCAAGAGGCAUGCAGUCCUGUUCUGGAACCCUUCACCUACCAUGGCUUCGAAGGAGUCAUGAAGUUUGAGGAUUAGGUCUGAUCUAUUGAGUGCUGCAAGGUUGGAUUUCCUGAAGGGACAGUUUUAUGUUCACCUCUUCAAUAUGAGCCAGCCAAUAUGAGCCAUGCAGUGUCCCUCCAAAGCAACAGGAAGGAGAUAAUUCAAAACAAUCUCUGCCUACUUCUUGCAACUCAACAA